AGUAAAAAUCCUUUUUAUACUUCUUCUUACAGGUAUAGAAUUAAAAACCAAUAGUAUUUGAGGGGAAAAUAAUUGUCUUGCUGCUGUUAUGAUAGCUUUGGAGUGGGAAAAAAAUAUCAUUAUACUUAAAGCAAGUGGUUUGAUUUUUCUUUUUUCUGGAAGAGUCUUUGCUUCGACAUGCUUCUUCAAAUGCAUAAUGCAUUUACAGAAAGAUUUAAAAAGCCACCAUGCGAAAUACUAAUAUCGAGCUCAGAAAUAGCAACACUUAAGCAAAUGUUAAAUUCAAGUUCCAAGUGGUUGAUAUUUUGAGAAGAGGAAAUUUCAUUGUACCUCGUAGGGACAAGGAAGUAGAAAAUGGCAUUUUUCAGAAAACUGCAGCGGAGCCUGCCCUCCAUGUCCUCGCUGGUGGACACCAUCAGUAGCGCGGUGGAGGACCUGACCACCGUUGUCGGGGAGGUCAGCUGUGCUCUGAGCGACGCGGUUUCUGAACAGGUGACCAGUAUGAUGAAUGGCUUGCACCCAGAAGAGGAGAGCUCUGCAGCAGCGGAAGCUGCGGAUGCUUCUAAACAAGAAGACGCCAUGUCACCAGAAAUUUCCAAAAACACCGAUUGUCAGGAAACACCAUCCAAUGUAGAGCACACAGCAAAUCAAAGGAAUUGCUACCCGACUUCACUUUCACAAAGGCAAGAUCAAGGAAUGAAUGAAAGACCAUUUGAACAGAUUAAUGAUAGGCAACAGAUGCUAUCCAAAUGUCAAGAAACCAAUAAUGCUGGUAAAUCUGUGGAAGGCCGUGUGAGUGAUGGUGGGACAUCAGUUGUUGAGCAGAAGAAUGCAAGGGCUGGAUCUAUUUGCCAAGAACGUGGACCUACAGACAGGUAUAAAAACAUUGGCUUAGGAAUGUCUAGUAAUGGUAAGAAUGAUUUAAAGGAGGGAAGGUAUCAAGAAACGAGAGAAAAACAUUUAAAGAAAGCUGAAAACCACAUUAAAAGGAAAGGGCCGAAAGGAAAUGAGUGUUCAGGAAACGAGAACUCUCCAAAAGAUAUCUUGGCGAGCAAUAGACAUACGAUAAGGAAAUCCACUAUGAAAGAAGACAAACAUCUAGCACCGUCAACUAGCUCUAAAGAUAAAUUAUAUGGAAAAAUCAAAGAACAUAUAAAAGCAACAAAAGGCUCCAAAGGGAAAGGAGACAUAAAAGCAAAGAAAAGUGAAGCCAUUUCUGCCAAGAAAGGAAAAGCAAAGAGUAAAGAUGAAAAAUAUUCUAAGAUAAUACCAGGAAAAGAUAAUUCCUACAUGGACAGAGAUGAGCAUGGCUCAUCUUCUGAAAGUGAAGAUGAAGCGCUGGGUAAAUACCAUGAGGCCUUAUCCCGAACACACAAUUCCAGACUCCCAUUGGCUGAUUCUAGACAAAAGAACUACACUUGGGAAACAAGACAAAAAUAUAGUCCUCUGUCUGCAGAGUAUGAUGGAUACAGUAGUGAAGCAUCCAUAGACGAAGGAAACUGCAUCCAGAGAAUGAGAAGGACGCCCCCUCUGGACGAACUGCAGCCCCCGCCGUACCAGGACGACAGCGGGUCCCCCCACCUCUCGUGUACGCCCUCCGAAAUCGGGGACAGUAAAUGUGAAUUUUCCCACUGCAGCAACAGCCCACGGCGCUAUCACAAGUGCCCGAGUGAGGGGAGCACGGGUCACGAAAUAGAGAGCUUUCACAACAAAGGAUACGAAGAGGACGUUCCCAGCGACAGCACGGCCGUCCUGAGCCCCGAAGACAUGUCAGCUCAAGGAUCAUCUUCACAGCUUCCCAAACCCUUUGAUCCUGAGCCAGAAGCUAAGUAUGGCACGCUGGAUGUGACUUUUGACUAUGACUCACAAGAACAGAAGCUCCUGGUAACCGUGACAGCUGUCACAGAUAUACCAACAUAUAACAGGACAGGUGGCAACUCAUGGCAAGUACACCUUGUUCUUCUACCUAUAAAGAAACAGAGAGCAAAAACCAGCAUCCAGAGAGGACCAUGCCCUGUCUUCACAGAAACAUUCAAAUUUAACCAUGUUGAAUCUGAGAUGAUUGGAAAUUAUGCAGUUCGAUUUAGACUGUAUGGUGUACACCGCAUGAAAAAAGAAAAGAUUGUGGGGGAAAAGAUUUUUUAUUUAACCAAAUUGAAUCUUCAAGGGAAAAUGUCAUUACCUGUGAUAUUGGAACCUUCUUACAAUCAUUCUGGCUGUGACUCCCAAAUGAGUGUGUCCGAAGUGUCCUGUAGUAGAAGCACAUCCUCCUGUCAGUCUCUUGAGCAUGGCUCAGUUCCAGAAAUCCUCAUUGGCCUGCUUUAUAACGCCACCACUGGCAGACUAUCAGCAGAAGUCAUCAAAGGCAGCCACUUCAAAAACUUGGCAGCAAACAGACCACCCAAUACAUAUGUUAAAUUAACUCUCCUCAAUUCCAUGGGUCAAGAAAUGUCUAAAUGCAAGACAUCCAUCCGCAGAGGGCAGCCAAACCCGGUGUACAAGGAGACGUUUGUCUUUCAAGUGGCCCUGUUUCAGCUCUCUGACGUGACCCUUAUCCUGUCCGUGUAUAACAAGCGCAGCAUGAAAAGGAAAGAGAUGAUAGGCUGGAUUUCUCUAGGUCUGAACAGCUCUGGGGAGGAGGAACUCAAUCACUGGACCGAAAUGAAAGAGUCGAAAGGACAGCAAGUGUGCAGGUGGCACGCGUUACUGGAGUCGUGAGGAGGACAAGCAUUGGCAACCCCAGGCAGCGGUGCUUCCAGCGACGACGCUGCUGGUUUUCACCUGGCCAUCGUUACGAGAGUGAUUCUUUGAAGGAUCGCCUUCAGCGUUCUACCAAAACGUUUUUAGUUCUGUGGGAAGACCAUCUAAUUCUGACAUGAAUGCAGACAGGUUGUAUGUCUGGCAGAGCUAUUAUAGUUUGGGACAAUGAACUCUAUCAUCAUCGUUAAGCUACUGAUCCUCCAGAGCUUUGGUUGAAGUGAAUUUUUUUUUCUUUAGCAAAAGAGCCACUCAUUUCCUGAAAAGUCAAAAUCGUCAGUGAUUUUUUUUAAGAUUAGAAUUUUUAGCUGCAACACAGUUUUAGUAUCACUCUCCAUAUUACCCAGAAAGCAUAUUUUGACUGGCCCGUUCCUGCUGUUUGGAAUGUGUUUUGAUAAGAGAAAGUAGUUCUCCAACUUUAUGAUAAGGCAUAUCUGAUGUUGAAGGGUUUCAAUCGCAUUGGAAAUUGUUUUUCUUUCAGAUAUUUUCCCUUUAUGCACAGAGCUUCAUUGUACCUGAGUUCUCAGUAGCACUAAAUCUGAGUGCAAGAUUUCAUUGUCAUAAAGGCACUUUUAAUGUUAUUUUCAAAACUCAUUUCUUCACUUGCCUCUGCUUUUGCCCGAUCCAAAGAGACCCAGUCACUGCAAGUCCUGUAGACAGGUUGUACUGUAGACCUCUGUAGCUUUCUGUUGAAAGCACUUCCUGUAUUCUCGUAUUCCAAUGUAGGAAGCUCAUAGAACAGGACCUUACUUUAAAACUCCUUUCAAUGAUUGACUCUUUAAAAUUGUUGUACUGUGCAAAUACAUUUUUUUACAAACUAAAAACUAUGGUGUGAGCUGUUGAAAACUGCGAAUAACUUAAGCUAAAGAACAUUUUAAUGACCCGCUCUGAGUGUUUAGUAGCGAGCACUGCAAAAAGCAAGGUAGCAUUCACAUAAGAAGCUGUCCUCUCUAAAUCUUCUGCUCUCCCACUGCAAUUUGUUAUUUCUGAUAUAAAGACUCUCCGCUUCUCGGUUUGAACCAGAACAAAAAGGUUCCUGGAUUCCUUAUGAAGUUCCUAGUGACUUGUGACUAGAUUUUAUGAAAUUUACGGAUACGUUCUUCAACGUGAUGUCAUCCUGUGCCUUUCGUGUAAGUUAAUUUUGCUCAUACAGCUCGAAAGUUGUAUUUGCAAAGUUAGGCCUUCAAUUUUUAUAAAUGAAAGAUUCCUCAGAACAGUGUCACAAGCUCUCUGUUUCCUCCUAAAGUGUGUGAAAGUUGUAAAAUGUGUUUUGUUUUGUUUUUUAACUCGCAAGGCAUUUUCAUUUGUUUUUAUAUUUAGGAACACUGAUUAAUCAGGAAUACUCUAAGCUGUUUUCUCUUUAAUUUUGCUUCUUAACCAAUAUAUAAUUUUGUGCAUACACUUUAUUAAAUAUAAUAGAAUGUUUUGUAUAUAUGAACAAUAUUUUUCUCUUUCUGAUUUUUAGUUAAACUAGAUGAAAGCAAAAUAUUUGCCAAUUAUUAAGCAAGUAUGUCAUUGCUCCUAGUCCCAACUAAGCACUAUAUACAUUAUUUUAAGCGAGGGCUUGUUAUUAUCACAGUAACAAAACCAUGCGUACAUAUUAUUGUCUCAACGUGGCUAUCCUGAAAGGCCUUAA